AUGAACGCGACACCAGCCCCUUCGAAGCCCACACCAGCGCCUGCAUCGCCAGCUAACCCCCUCCACCACCUGGUACCAGGCUAUCCCAAGCUCGCCGGACGCAUGGAAGUCAUGCCCGAAAUCGCAAUGUUCAGAAGAUUCGGCGCCUUGAACGCGCGCAGCCUCCUCUACUACCAGAGCGAACUCGCACAUCUUGAGGACCAGCUGAAAGAACUGGAAGCUAGAGAUGCGAACAGCCCAGAUGGCAAGAAAGCCACGUACAGUAUGAACGCAUUCUGGCUCAACACUGCGGAUUUCGAAGUGAACGGCGAACCCCGAGACGGAGAUAUGAGGCAACGCGAGCUUGUGCUGCAAAUUAGACGUGUUCUCAAGGAAUAUAACGAUGCACUCAUCCAACAAGCCACCAUACUCCGCAUCAUGAAAGAGCCCGAUCCUUUCGACCUCGAUCACAUCCAAAAGUUCAUCGCCGCGGAUGAAAUGAAGAACGACGUAUUCAUCGGGCCUGAUCACAACACAUGGGGUUCACUGGAAAAGCCUGAAGACUAUAGCAGAGAUCUCGUCGUACUGCGUGGGCGACAAGACAUGGAUACCUUCUCGCGCUAUAUUGCUGCAAGAGCUAUGCAUUGGAUCGUGAAGCUCGGCGGCGACCGCUGGAAGAAGGUCGACGUGAGAUGGGGAACUAUUGCCAUUGAUGAUGAGACUAUCCUAUUGUUUACUUUCGGGGUUACUUGCGCUGUUGCUUCGGCUUUGCUGGUCAUUCCGGUUAUCAUGAUCGUGGGCAAGGAAUCUCUGAGCGAACAGCUUGUGAUCAUUGCGGCUUCCAAUGUGCUCACUGCGGUUUGCUUGGGGUACUUCACUCGAGCGCGGAGGAUCGAUGUUUUUGCUGUUACAGCUGCGUGA